CUCCUCCGCCGCAGCGCUCUGGAGAACACAUGCUGAGCUCUGAGCGCUCUGGUUCAUCCUGCUCCAUACAGACAGACUGACUGACUGCUGGGGAAGGUGUUUUUAAAGUUACUGAACCCAUCCAUCACUGCCACUUGUGUGUCUCUCCAGGACCUGUGAUCCGUCCUGCUGCUGCUGCUGCUGCGGCUCCGGUUCGGGGACUAACACCAUGGGGACAUUAGAUGCGCUCCGGCAGUUAAAUGUCAUCAAAUGGCUCCGAGAAGAGAGACAGUCCAGGAAACUGAGUCUGGUCAUUGUGUUCGUCGCUCUGCUGCUGGAUAACAUGCUGCUGACUGUAGUUGUUCCCAUCAUCCCCAGCUACCUGUACAACCUGGAUGAGCCAACAGACGCGGUGCUGCAGAACAACACCCUGUCGCAGCCGAGUCCUCCGGCAGCCUUCCACAGCAUUGUGUCCUUAUACGACAACACCGUGAGGUCUUCGGGCUCCAACGCCACCACCACCACCACCACCGCCACAGCCAGGUCUACUGAGCCGGUCCCUACGCCCCCCGCUGCGGAGCUGCCGGCAAACUCCUCCGAAUGUCCCGGGUCGACCAGCAAGCUGCUCAAUGAGAAUGUCAAAGUGGGACUGCUGUUCGCCUCCAAGGCCACCGUACAGCUGAUUACCAACCCCUUCAUAGGGCCGCUCACAAACAGAAUAGGAUACCAACUUCCCAUAUUCGCUGGCUUCUGUAUCAUGUUCGUCUCUACUAUCAUGUUUGCCUUCUCAUCGAGCUACGCUCUGCUGUUUCUGGCCAGAUCGAUGCAAGGUGUGGGCUCCUCCUGCUCAUCUGUGGCUGGGAUGGGAAUGCUUGCGAGUGUGUACACAGAUGAUGAGGAGAGAGGUCACGCCAUUGGGAUCGCUCUGGGAGGUCUGGCUUUGGGAGUGUUAGUUGGACCUCCAUUCGGCAGUGUGAUGUACGAGUUUGUUGGGAAGACCGCUCCUUUCCUUAUUCUGGCUUUCCUGGCUUUGUUUGAUGGAGCUCUGCAGCUCAUUGUUCUUCAGCCCACCAAGGUGGAACCAGAGAGUCAGAAGGGGACCCCGCUGCUGACACUAAUGAAGGAUCCAUACAUUAUAAUCGCAGCCGGUGCCAUUUGUUUUGGAAAUAUGGCCAUCGCCAUGUUGGAGCCAACGCUGCCGAUCUGGAUGAUGGAGACCAUGUGUGCCAGGAAAUGGCAGCUAGGCGUCGCUUUCUUACCGGCAUCCAUCUCCUACCUUAUUGGAACCUACAUCUUUGGCUCGUUGGCGCACAAGAUGGGGAGAUGGCUUUGUGCUCUCAUCGGAAUAACGCUGGUUGGAAUCAGUGUAAUAUGUGUUCCGUUUGCAACAAACAUCUAUGGUCUGAUUGUUCCAAACUUUGGUGUUGGUUUUGCUAUUGGCAUGGUGGACUCCUCUAUGAUGCCUAUAAUGGGUUACCUGGUGGACCUACGUCAUGUGUCUGUUUAUGGAAGUGUGUAUGCCAUUGCUGAUGUGGCUUUCUGCAUGGGAUUUGCUUUAGGUCCAUCUAUCGGAGGAGCCGUAGCUGAGAGUAUUGGCUUCCCCUGGCUGAUGACCAUAAUUGGAAUAGUGGAUAUUUUCUUUGCUCCUCUUUGCAUCUUCCUCAGGAAUCCACCAGGACAAGAAGAGAAAAUUGCUAUUUUGAUGGACACCAACUGUUCAAUGAAGACGAGGUCCUACUCCACACAGGGGACGUACUACCAGGGUGAAAACAUGGAUCCAGAAUAUGACGAUUACGAUUAACAGGACACCAGCCAUGCAGGUUAAGCCUUCAGAGGAUCUAUUUUGUUGUACAAAAAAAAAUAAGGAACACAGAAGAAAAAAAAAAAUACAGCAAUGAAACAAAACAGCCAAGAUAUUUCCAUGUGAAUGUCCCGCGUUCAGUCUUCACUGUUCUGUGUCCUCUUAGCAGUUGUACUGGAGCAAACCAAAGUUGUUCUUGAUCUGUGGUUGCGAGCGCAUUGUAUGAGAGAUAUAUUUUUAGCCAACAGCCUUAUUCAGUAGAGAGAUGUGUCAAGUGUUGAGCAACAAGUACGCUUUGCUGGUUUAUUUUGGAUACAAAUCUUUCUUAAUUUACGUGUCAGCCAUUAAAAGUCUCCUUUUUAUCCACUGUACGUCCAUGAUACUGUCUAGAGUAUUAUUACCAGACCUUGUGCAAGUUGGUAUUAUAUUGGGUAAUUGUGUGGUAUGUUAAAAGAAACUGUUGUUUGUUUAAAGUUCAGGCAGAUUUCUUGGACUUGUCUAUGGUCCUUGUUUGCAUUGAUGCAGUUAAAAAAAAAAAAGUACAUACUUGGGACUUCCCAGUCCAACUGUUGUGGUGAACUGCUUGGGGAAGUCAACACGUUUGAGCUGCUUAAGAAAAAGGAUGAGGAAUGUAUUCUAAAACACAAUAUAAAUACGUGAUAUCCUCCUAAGAAGAGAACCUAUAGAAACUUAUGGCAUUAUAGAAACUUCAGAGAAAAACACCAUUUAAAGCUGUUGUCCGUACUCUUUUCUUAUGUUUAAUAAAUCAUUAAUACUGAAAGUA